AUGAAUCAGAACAAAGAAAUAGAUGAACUUCUAUUCAAAAAAAAAGAAUUAAAAUAAGAUUUGAAAAAACCUCACUAUCCUCCAAUAGAUAUAACAAUAACAUCCUAUAGUGAAGUAUCUGAUGGCACUCCAAACAAAUUUCCAAUUAAAAAGGUUUAUACGGAAUAAAAUUGUUUUCAUCAUCAAAAGAAAAGAAUAUUAACAUAGGAAGAGCAAAUUAAUUAAUAAAAUCAAAUGCAAGCUUCUAAUUCAAUUAUAGAAUCUAUGACGCCUUAAAGAAUGAAUAAAUUAAUCGAUUGGUCUAAAUAUAAUGUCACACCAGGGGAUGGCAAAAAUAUCUUUCCCUAAGUUUCAGGACCAAGUCUUGAAUUUCCAAAAUUCAUUAUAUUUUAAAUUACCGCAAAAACUUAAUAUAAACAGCGAUAUUCUCUUAAAUAAAUACAUUGAAAUUGAGGAGAGAUUAAAAUUGUUUUAGACAAAGCAUAAAGAUUUUUCGACUCUUGAAGCCUUAAGAGGAUAGAACCUCUAAAUAGCCUCAUAACAAAUUAUUUGCUAGUAGGAUGUUAGCAAAAGCAUAGGAUAAAUUUAUUGAUGAAUUAAAUUUGGAAAUCAAAAAAAUGAAAGAAAAUGAAUUAAAUAUAAAGGUCUACUCAAAGAAAGUGAAAAAAAGGAUUAAAUUUUGAGUGAAUUCAAAAAUAAAGUUGGUAAGGAUUAAAUAAUAGAAAAUCAAGAAUAAAAAAUGCAAAAUCUGACCAAUAGGUUAAAAAUGGAGGUUGAAUAUAAAAAACAUGAUGAAAAAAUGUUAUUGGAAAUAAAAUAAAAAGAGAUCAAAAGAUCAAGCAUAUUCGAACUAAACUCUAAAUGUUAAUCAUGUCAAUAAUGUAAAUAGGAAUUACAAAAUAUAUUAUAAGAAUGCUAAAUCGAAGAUGACUAGAACAUUAUAGAAGGGGAAUUGUAAGUACCAACUUAGAUCAGAGUAGUUGUCACUCUAUUGUUGACUAAAUAAAGAGAAUAAAUUGAUAUUGCAUUUUAAUAGUACGAAGACUAAUUAAAAGAAUUAUAUGAUUAAAUUGAAUACUUUAAGGAACAAAAUAAUAAUUUAAUAGAGGAAAAUAAUAAAUUACAACAUUAAUUAUCAAGUAUUCUGAAUUAAAGAGGAGAACAAGAAAAUAAAUUGUAUGAGGAAUUCGAAAAAUUAAUAAAUAUCAAUUUAAUUUUGAUGUAGGAAAAUCAAGACCUUAAAUUAUAGGUUUAAUCUUAGAACCCAAGGACAUUUAAAUCCCUUAGAUGGAGAGAAUUUAGGUCAUUUUAAAUCUAUAUAGACAGAUAGAACUGGUUUGAACAAUAAAAUGGCUCAAAUAAAACAAUAGUAUUAACAUUAGAUCAAGAACUUGCUUCUAAAAAUAUCUGAAUAAGAAAAGAAAAUACAAUCAUUAAAAAAUGAUCCGUUUCGAAAUUUUUCCUCUUCUAAAUAGAAUAAAAAUUUGUAGAAUCAAGCUUUAUAAAAUGAAGCGAAAUAAUCAUUAUAAAAAAAAAAAUGAAAGAAAAAGACGAAAAAAAUUUAGAACUUGUUUCUUAAAUAACGUAAAUGUAUUAUAAAGUCAUAAGAAAUUUAGAAUACAAAAUAUAAAUUUAUAACAGUAAGUUUAAAAAGAAUGUGAAUAAACAAUUUUUGAACUAAGUUUGAAUUGGAUAAACAAAAAAUAAAUUAAUCAUAAAAUUAACUAAAUUAAAUAAUUAAUCGAUUAGAAUAAAGUAUAAUAAGAUAAAAACACAGAACUGAGUCAAAAUGUUGUAUUGCUUUAAUAACAAUUGAUAUAUAAAGAAUCUAAUUUUUAAAAUGAACUAAAAUAAUCGCUAAAUGAUAAGAGAAUUGAACAUGAGAGUCGUUAAUUAAUAUAUCCAAUCAAAUUUGAGCUAGUAAUAUUUAAGUUAAUUGGUGGAUGAAUAUAAGAGUUAUCAAUAAGAAUUUAUAGAUUUGAAACAAGUUUUUACAGAAAUGCUUCGACAACAUGAAAUAUUAUAAAAUGUAUUGUUAAUAAUAUUUAUCAUUAGAGAUUAUCAAAGCUUCAACAAGAUAACAAUCAGUUGGCUUUAGAAAAUUAGAAAUUGAUAGAGAGUUAAAAUAAUAAGGAUGACAAAUUAACUAAAAGAAUAUCUGAAGAAAUUACUAAAGGAGUAAGAUGUUCUACCGCACCUGGGGAUUCACUAAAUAUUAAAUCAUUUGUCUAACAAGGAGAAGAGGAGAAUUUAAAAAAAAAUAGUUCAACAUUUUAGAUCUGA